AUGGACAACGAGCCCAUCGGUCAUUUUCGUGAGUGGGCUCACAAAUCCCAGAAGCCCGGCGUCAACGGCAAAAAAGAAGAAUGCCCAUAUGUCCCUCCACUCCUUCUCAAAACAUACUGGACUCCAGAGCGUGUCAAAGAGGUUGUCGAAUCUUUCUCCUUUCAUGUGCCCGUUGCCGAAAUCACUGAAAGGUUCCUUUGCGUUUUCUCCAUCUUGGUUUACAUCGGCCAGCCCGACAAGAUCAGCCUGUUCAUCAGCAAAAACUAUGACAACUUCAAUUUGCCCUUCACUGAACUCCCGCCCGAGAUGUCUCCGUCGCUUCAAGAAUUCGUAGACCAACAAUGGAUGUUCUGCCCUCUAGAGUUCAGCGACUCUCUGAUGUACAAGCGAGACCUACCUACGCGUCGGAUUCUACCCGUGACAUACCUUGAAUCUCUCAGAGACAAGGCAUGGCGUGGUGAUGGACCGUCCAUUCGAAAAGUUCAUGUUCACCCCGAGUGCAACAAUACGGCGAAUAAGGACACCCAUGUCGUCUUCAAGAUCUACAAGGGCUCCGGCUUGAAGAGCCUCUACAAGGCUGAAGCCGAUUUCUACUCAAGGCUUUCUGAAAUGCACAAGGCUCAAAAGAAUAUCACCCAGCACUACGGUUCGUUUUCUUUUGAGGAAACAGAGACACGAAUCAUCAUCCUCGAGUACGCUGCCAUGGGUUCCCUCCUGGACUUUUUCCGCAACCUCCCUCCGGUCACUCCGGAUGAAUUUUUAAUGUUCUGGCGUGAGCUCUUGAAGCUCGUUCCAGCCUUGCACGCGGUCCAAAACUUGGACAGGUCACCACUCGAGGGAAGCUCUACAGCCGUCCAUCAGGAUAUCCAGCCAGCCAACAUCCUAGUCUUCCCUCACCCACCGAAGUCGCCACCGCGGGACAAGUCCAGGUUCGAUGUUCGUUUCAAGCUUGCCGACUUUGGUUUAGCCGAGCUCAGGAGAGUUUCGAAGCCUGAUGAACAAUUCACCAUUGACAACGAGGGCAACUGCAUGUAUGGCGCUCCAGAAUGCUACCCCAAUUACGCAAUCCAAAAGGUGGUGAGGCCUAAAGUGACAACCAGUGUUGAUGUAUGGUCUCUCGGGGCCGUCUUCAGCGAUGCCUUUGUCUGGUCAAUUUCUGGCGAAGAUGGCCGCGAAAAGUAUCGGGAAUGCAGGAGGCAGGCUAUCGCUAAGCUGGAUUACAUCAAAGCCAGAGGGUUCGAAGCCUGCUUCCACAAUGGCGAAGACGUUCUUGAGGUUAUCUCCCAGUUUCACGGCAGGGUUCUACAGAACAAAAGAGGGAACGAUCACAUAUCAGAGAGGAUAAGUAACUUCAUUCUAUCGGACAUGUUGACACAUGCAGAUAGUCGGGUUUGUGCAAAUACCCUCAUGGCUCGCGUGAAGAGAGUCAUCAAAGAAGCGGAACGCGAAGCUCUUGAGGAUUCCUCGCUGCUGCCACAGAUCCCACUGUCUCACGACCCGGGUAAGAUACCGCCAUCUACCAAGGACACAGAGGAGCGCACGCCCAAUCCUCCACAGCCCCUAGCAAUGACAGCUCCACCAACACGCCCUGUCCCCACGCAGCCCGGGGAAAACGCCACUCACACGCCUGAAACCCGCGUCCCAGUUCCAGUUGACGUCAUGUACGAAAGGCUGGGAAUAAAGAGAAGUAAUAGUCCGAUUUGUUGGGUGCCUUGGAACAGGUUGCGAGGCAGACGUUUGGAUCGAGUCACAGACCUCCCUGGAAUGGACUCGGCUCGGAGCAAGAUCAAGGACUUUCGUGGCCGCUCUCAGGUUAUCCUCAUUGACAAUUUCACUUCAAUGAAGCCACACGCGGAUCAAGUUGCCAAAAUUGCCAGAGUGAUCAGCUAUAUCACAAAGGUGGCCAGCAAAAAGCCCACGCUUCUAUUCUUUGCUUCAGAUUCCACUAAGCCGCUGAAGUGCUCAACAAGCAGCCAAGUUGAAUCGGCAAUCCGGAAUAUGAAACUAGUUGAGGGGAGCUGCAGCAUGAAGAUCUGCCUGAACAAUAUCCUGCAAGCAGUUCUCCCAGACAACAAGCGCAUCAAACCCACCAGCAUCUAUGUGUGCACAGAUGGGGUAUGGGAGAGGCUCAACGACGUUAAGCAUAUCAUCAAGACGUCAAUCGACCGCCUCAUCGAGGCCAAAGAGGACCCCUCAACGCUCAUGUUUCAGUUUAUCCAGUUCGGCGACAAUGAUAGAGGCACGGAGCGCCUACAAGAACUCGACGAUGACUGCAAACAGGAGCAUGAGCAAGUGAGAUACGACAUCGUGGACACGAAACGUUGGGAUGAUGAGGUUUAUCGGAUCGUCAUUGGGAGUCUUACGGAAGCAAACGAUGAUGAAAGAUGUACAACACCCGGACAGUCGCAGGCUGACAAGGAGGCUCGAUGA